GGCGCUCAGGUAUGACGUGGCUGCUAAACGGAAGCGCUGGAGUUUUCCAGAAAAGGCUCCAACAGAACAGGGGGUUUUUUACUUCAUAACGCGGAUUAAAUACAUCGUGAAGACAAAGGGUGACGUUUCCGGUAGUAUUGUGGGGUUAGUUCAUAGAUUAAACCUCUGACUGGACUUUAUUAUCUGAUUCUAAACCAACAUUUAGGAACACAAUAAUGACCACCAUCGACUACAGCGUGUGGGAUCAUAUCGAGGUGUCAGACGAUGAAGAUGAUACUCACCCCAAUAUCGACACCCCCAGCCUGUUCAGGUGGAGACACCAGGCUCGAGUGGAGCGAAUGGAGGCUUUCCAGAAGAAAGGGGUGGAUCUAGAGAAGAGUCUAUCAGAGGCCAAGAAGAAGUUGUUGGAGGCUCAGCUCAGGGUGAAGGAGCUGGAGGGGGCGAGUACGGACGAGGCCAAGAAGAAGCUGGAGGCGGCCAAGAACCAGGAGAAGCAGCUGCGCAAGGAGGAGAGGAGCUGUGAGAAGAAGCUGGAGGAGCACCGCAGAGAGGAGAAGAAGAUGCCCUGGAACGUAGAUACACUCAGCAAGGAAGGAUUUAGCAAGAGUGUGUUGAACGUAAAGCCGGUGAAGGAGGAGACUGAGGAGGAAAAGGAGCAGAAGCACAAGACCUUUGUGGAGAAAUAUGAGAAACAGAUAAAGCACUUUGGAAUGCUGAGACGUUGGGAUGAUAGUCAGAAGUUCCUGUCUGAUAAUCCUCACCUGGUGUGUGAGGAGACAGCAAACUAUCUGGUUAUCAUGUGCAUUGACCUGGAGGUGGAGGAGAAACAUGCUCUCAUGGAGCAGGUGGCCCAUCAGACCAUCGUUAUGCAGUUCAUCUUGGAACUUGCUAAAAGCCUGAAGGUCGACCCCAGAGGCUGCUUCCGCCAGUUCUUCUCCAAGAUCAAGACGGCAGAUCAGCAGUAUCAGGAUGCCUUUAAUGAUGAGUUGGAGUCGUUUAAAGAGCGCGUACGCGGCCGGGCGAAGAUCCGCAUCGAGAAAGCUAUGAAGGAGUACGAGGAGGAGGAGAAGAAUAAACGCCUCGGACCUGGAGGUCUCGACCCUGUGGAGGUGUACGACAGCCUGCCCCCGGAAAUGCAGAAGUGCUUUGAUGAAAAAGAUGUCCAGAUGUUACAGGAUGCCAUCAGCAAAUUGGACCCCACGGAAGCGAAGUACCACAUGAAGCGCUGCAUAGAUUCGGGUCUGUGGGUGCCGAAUUCACGGACAGACGAUGACGGAGAGAAAGAGGAGGAGAAGGAGGAGGAGCCUCAGUAUGAGGAAGUCAAGACAGGAGAUGCUCAGUGAGCCCCGCCCCCUUCCAGAACACAUUUCUCCCUAUUACCAAUUACCCACAAUCCUCUGCCCUAAAAGCUUUAGAGUGAAUAAACGUGGAAGCUGUUUGGAGUCGUAUUUACUGGUGAGGACCCGGAGCUACUGGAACAAAGUUACGUGUGUGUGUGUGUGUGUGUGUGUGUGUGUGUGCUGAAAAUUAACCCAUGCAAAAUCAAGAAACAAACCUGAAGCCUAAAAAUGUUCUCACAAAAAAUUCUGGUGAUACAAAGCGCUUCUGUGCGUGCGCGUGUGCGUGCGUGCGUGCGUGCGUGCGUGCGUGCGUGUCAUUUUUAACAAAUUUUGCCCCUCAGGUGUUCUUGGCCAUUUCCCCUCACCACAUGGUUCAUGCUCUGGGUUGUGGUUGCUUGCAUGAUGUCCGUAAUGCAGGGCUGUGAUUGGCUGAUGAACAAAUUUCUCUCCUCCUGUAAAACACACAUAAACACAGACCUCACACUCCAUACACUGCCGCUCACACUCGUGUGAUUAGUACACAGCCGCUCACACUCGUGUGAUUAGUACACAGCCGCGCUCACACUCGUGUGAUUAGUACACAGCCGCGCUCACACUCAUGCUCCGUUUGUGUUUCAUGUUGAUCUUCAUGUUUAGGUUCUGACUUGUCUCCUCUUAUUUGUACUAGAGCACUGAUGGCUAAAUAAAGGUCUGCUGUAAACACA